AUGGAAACUCCUCACAACGCAGGAGGGUUCCACCCCAAGUCCAGAGUCCUGAGGCUGGACAGGAAGCGCAGCAGCUCUGUCCAGAAGCUGUCCCUCUCUGUGGACGGAGGUUGGAAGCAGCAGAAUGCGAGUCAUUACUCGAGGCAAAGAGCGAACUUCAGUAAUUCACCAGCGAACACGACGCUGGAGCCGCCCUCAGAGGAGUUUGAUCCUUUAGGAGGACACACUGUCUGGCAGGUCAUCAUCAUCGUCUUCCUCACUGGAUCCCUCUCUCUCGUCACUGUUGUUGGAAACAUCCUCGUUUUGGUGUCGUUCAAGAUCAACAAGGCUCUGAAGACAGUGAACAACUAUUACCUGCUGAGCCUGGCCUUCGCUGACUUAACGAUCGGCACGCUGUCCAUGAACCUGUACACCACCUACAUCAUCAUGGACCAGUGGGCCCUGGGGCCGGUGGUCUGUGACCUGUGGCUGGCUAUAGACUACGUAGCCAGCAACGCCUCAGUGAUGAACCUGCUGGUCAUUAGCUUUGAUAGGUAUUUCUCUGUGACCAGACCUUUGACCUACCGGGCAAAACGGACCACAAAGCGAGCCAUGACCAUGAUCGGACUGGCCUGGUCCAUCUCUUUCAUUCUUUGGGCCCCAGCCAUUCUGUUCUGGCAGUACAUCGUUGGUGAACGGACAGUCCAGCCAAAUGAGUGCUACAUCCAAUUUUUGUCUGAGCCAAUCAUCACAUUCUGCACUGCCAUCGCUGCAUUCUACUUACCUGUGACUAUCAUGGCAUUUCUGUUUUGGAAGAUCUACCAGGAGACAGAGAAGAGAAAUAAGGAUGUUCAAGGACUGAAGGGAUCUGGGGCAGGAAACAAGUCGAACCAAGCUCAGAAUCAGGGGACUGAUGGUGGGAGAUCGAGUGGAGAAGGCAGGACAAACAGCCAGAAGAAUUCAUCAGCCAUGCUCCGUCAGAUGAGCUCACAGAGCUGCAGCAGUUAUGAAAUGAACCAACAGACCGUGGAGAGCAAGGACAGCGUGAGUCUAGGAGGACCAGCAGGGCCAGCAGGGCCAGCAGGGCCAGGAAGAUGUGGGUCCUGCUGCCUCCGGUUUGAAGCUCUUAUACCUGGACGACAAGCUUCAAAGAAGUCCUUCAACACCACCAUGUCGACGGUGGGAGAGGGAGACCAGAGCAGCUGUGACAGUCUGAACAAUAAUGAAGUCACUGGGGAUCCGUCCGGGUCCGAUGCCGAAGGGGAAGGCGCAGACUCACCAGGCUCUCCAACAGAUGCUAAGAAAUCUGAAAAGGCAAAGAAAAGCAACAGAAAACAACCAUCAUCAACCAACAAAAGUCAGAAAGGGUCCCUGGCUGAUCAGCCCCCCUCUGGCAUCACCAUGAAGGAUGCAGCCAUGGCCAAACGCUUCGCUUCGAAAGCCAAGACAGAAAUCAACAAGCGCAAGAACGAGAAAAAGGCAAACGAGAAGAAAGCGGCUCGGACGCUCAGCGCCAUCCUCUUUGCCUUCAUCACCACGUGGCUGCCGUACAACAUCAUGGUGCUGGUCAACACCUUCUGCCAGGACUGCAUCCCUGGAACCCUGUGGGCUCUGGGCUACUGGCUGUGUUACGUCAACAGCACAGUCAAUCCCAUGUGCUACGCGCUCUGCAACAAGACCUUCAGGACCACGUUCCGAGACAUCCUGAUGUGUCAGUGGAACCGGAAGAACAAGCCACAGUUUCCGCAGAGGCAGGCGGUCGCCUACCGGAAGAAAGAGCCAAUCUAG